AUGGCGACGGAAACGGAAGUGGUGGUCGUGGCUCCGGUGAGUAACGGCGGAGGAGUCAGAGGAUGUUGCAAGUCCGGUCCCGGUUACGCUACGCCUCUCUCCGCCAUGUCUGGUCCUCCUGAGAACCUCAUCUACGUCACUGCUGUCUACACUGGAACGGGACGAGAGAAACCGGAUUACUUGGCGACGGUUGAUGUGGAUCCAAGCUCGCCGACGUUUUCAAGCGUGAUUCAUAGAUUGCCUAUGCCUUUUGUGGGUGAUGAGCUUCAUCAUUCUGGUUGGAAUUCUUGCAGCUCUUGCCAUGGUGAUGCUUCUGCUGAUAGACGUUAUCUCGUGUUACCGUCCCUUAUAUCUGGUCGAAUCUAUGCAAUCGACACUAAGGCAGACCCGAGGGCUCCGUCUCUGUAUAAGUAUGUAGACCCUAAAGAGAUUGCUGAAAAGACUGGAUUGGGAUUUCCACACACAGCUCAUUGCCUUGCCUCUGGUGAAAUCUUGGUGUCCUGCCUCGGUGACGAAGAAGGAAAUGCCAAGGGGAAUGGGUUCCUUCUACUUGACUCUGAUUUUAACAUCAAGAGUAGGUGGGAGAAGCCAGGACACAGUCCCUUGUUUGGGUAUGAUUUCUGGUACCAACCUCGGCACAAGACGAUGAUCAGUACUUCUUGGGGAGCACCUAAAGCGUUUUCGAAAGGUUUCGAUCUCCAGCACGUUGCCGAUGGCUUAUACGGAAGUCAUCUACAUGUUUAUAGUUGGCCAGGAGGUGAAAUGAAACAAUUAAUUGACCUUGGAAAUACUGGUCUCUUACCUCUGGAGAUUAGAUUCUUGCACGAGCCGUCUAAAGAUACAGGGUUUGUUGGAAGUGCAUUGUCGAGCAAUAUGAUUAGAUUUUUCAAGAACAGUGAUGAAACAUGGGGUCAUGAGGUGGUUAUACAAGUUAAAUCGCUGAAAGUCGAAAACUGGUUUCUUCCAGAAAUGCCAGGGCUUAUCACCGACUUCUUGAUCUCCCUCGAUGACAGGUUCCUCUACUUUGUGAACUGGCUUCAUGGAGACAUUCGUCAGUACAACAUCGAAGACCCUAAAAACCCUGUGUUAACCGGACAAAUAUGGGUCGGAGGAUUACUACAAAAGGGCAGUCCUGUUAAGGCGGUUGGAGAAGACGGCAACACUUUCCAAUUCGAUGUUCCUCAGAUUAAGGGGAAGUCUCUGCGAGGUGGGCCUCAGAUGAUUCAGCUGAGCCUUGACGGGAAACGAUUGUAUGCAACAAACUCGCUUUUUAGCGCAUGGGACCGUCAGUUUUAUCCGGAACUCAUGGAUAAAGGGUCACACAUUAUUCAGAUUGAUGUUGAUACAGACAAAGGUGGUCUCACCAUAAACCCCGAUUUCUUUGUGGACUUUGGUGAUGAACCAGACGGUCCUGCGCUUGCCCACGAGAUGAGAUAUCCGGGCGGAGACUGCACCUCUGAUAUCUGGAUUUAA